GGGCGAAGGAGAGGUAACAGGGAACGCCAUUCGUUCACUCUCACAACGUUCAUUAGUAACGAGUGCAGGCAGGACCGGAGAAGAACUGUGCGCGGUGUUGAUUUAGUGCCAAAGUGAUCGAAUUUUCAGCUGUCCAGCCCGCGUCCGGGGCCCGAAUCGCGUGCCCACGACUCGUACGAGUGUCCGAGUGGAGUGUGUCAGUGUGUGUGAGUGAGCCGGAAGAGCCGGACGGCGCCGAUCGCAGAUCUCAAAGAUUUGCCCGUGACGCACGGAAAUAAUAUGAGGACCUUGGCGUGAUUUAUUAAGAUCGGCGAGAUGGACAAGGACGGGGGCAAAGAGUCCAGAGGUGGGUCCUCAAAGGACCACCAUUUAUCCAUGUCUCACAUGCCCCCAGGGGCAUCCCCUAAUCUUCUUGACAGCCUAUUUGCCCAUUCUCUUUUCGGUGCUACUCCGCCCGGAGGUUUCGGCGACCACCUGGCGCACCUGCCAGGCGCCUACAGCAUGCUAGGUCGGCCACCUUCAUCAGCGCAAAACUCGGCCUACGGAAUGCCGCCGAGCUCGCAAGCUGGAGCCUACGGAGGUUUGGGCACCCUGAGCGCGGCUGCCAGCCAAGCAGCCUCCCUCGGAAUCAACCCAGCCAGCGCCGCGUGGUGGAACAUGGCGUCCCAGCUGGCCGCUCAGGACUACCUGGCCCGACUGUCUGUUUCAGCCGGCGGACUGCCCUUCGGAGGUCUGACCGGCGAAGGUAUGAUGUCCGGCGGCUUUGAUCUUCUUCAGGCUCAACAAGCUCUUGCAGCUGCUUCGGCGCCGAUCAAGUCCAGUAGCAAACAUUCCUCAAAGCGGAGCAACAGUCACGCCAACUCCUCCGCCAGUCACCGCACCUCGACCUCGACGACAAGUGCAAAGAGCAGCCCUUCUGUCACCACCUCCAGCUCGCUGCCGGCUGGAAUUUCGGCCUCCUCGGCCAGCAUCAUCAGUCCUGCCCCCUCUGAAGGAGCAGGUGAUCCGGCCAGUAUUCUGGGUGGGGUGCGUCUGCCUCCCGACACUGAAAUCAUCAAAUACACCUCGUCCAUCGUGGGUCCUAAAAUCCCCGGCACAACCAACAGAGGCAGAAAGAAGACCAUUUCGCUGGACCCGCCGUCCGUCAGCGUGCUCCCCACCAACAUGAUGCACCCGUCGCAGGCUGCUGGGCCCACCGCGGCCGGCAUCAUGAUGUCCGACCACCACCGCAGGGGAGGCCGCUCUUCCGGCUCAAAAUCAGCACGCCAAUCUAAGGAGAGUGCGGCUCGGGCCAGCUCUCCACUUGACCAAGUAGAGGUCAUCAAGUUACCCGCCUCCUCGCCUGCGGCCACUAAUGGUGGCUCAGGCUCUUAUGCGUCGCACCUGGCCACCCUGAACAUCCCUUCCUUUGGGGGUGGCAACGAAGGCAAUGAAGACGCGCCCCUCAACCUGUCUAUGAAACCAGCACAGAGUGCGCCCUUUACCAACUCCGACCGGCAAACGCGUCGCAAACCAGGCCCCCGACCGCGACGAGUGCUGCAAAAUCCUCCUGGACCCUCUGCCAGUCCGUCCUUGGCACAAUUAUUUGCCAGCAUUGACGGACCCAGACCCAGCAGUUCUGCAUAUAGCUCGGCUAACUCUGGCAACGAAGACUCUGACUCCCAGACUAAGGAUCGCCCACGUAACCUUGGUCGGGGAGUUUCCAAACCAAAGAAGAACACGGUUGCCUCCCUUUUAGCACAGAGUCGAGCUCUGGGAAUCAAGCCAACAGUGGCUUCUCUUAGCCGCCACCAAGUGUCUCUCCUCAAACCACCCUCCAUGCAGAAGCACUCGGAUAGAGAAAAGUCAGGUGCUCUGAGCGAUGAUGAUAGCUCGGUGCCAGACGUUAGUAGUAGUGAGAGUGACGAUGCUUCUGGAAUGCUGGCCAGUGACUCUGAUAGUGCAGAUGAGGACAGCAGGAGGGGUCGGAAGAGGGAAGGGACUGAUGUGGAAGAUGGCUCAGGCUCAGCCAAACGGCAUAGAAGCAGUGUGUCUAUGGAGAGGGAUCUGCGGAUUCCUCUUGUGCGUGGAUGGAAGAGAGAGACUUUGAUUUGUGGUGUAGGAAAGUCAGGUUCUGUGAAGGGAGAGGUGUCGUACAUGUCACCCUGUGGCCAGCGGUUCAAGAACUGCACCGACAUUCUUAAAUUCCUUGACGCACAAGGCAUCACAGAUUUAAACAAAGACAAUUUCAACUUCAGCUCAAAGCUGGUACUGGGUGAUUUCUUGCAGCCUUUGAUGGCGGGCGCAACGUUGCCUGAAGACUGUGUUAGACUUACUGAGGAGGAAGUAGUGAUGCGGGUUGAACAGCUGCGUCUGCUCAAAGCUGCAUCCACUAGCAAGCCGAAACAAAAUAGGAGAAUGAGGGAAGACGAAUACUUUAGACGGCAAAUAGAGGCUCAGCAUUUAGCAAGACUUGCACAAGAACAUAAAAUGGCACAACAAAUGGAAAAGGAAAAGAGCCACAUGGCUGCCAGGGAAGCCAAGCGCAUUGCUAAGGAGGAAGCGCAAAAAAUCAAAGAACAGUUGAGGAUGAUGAAGGAGCACGAGAAAUACGAAAGACAGGAGGCACUGAAGAGAGAACGGGAAUACAAGGCGCAGCAAAUGCUUGAGGCGCGACGGAAACGUCACCAAGAACUGGAAGACCAGAGACAGGAAGAGCAGCAGCGCAAAGCAAAGGAACGGGAGCUUAAGAGACAGCAGGCUGUUUUGUUGAAGGAGCAAGCUGUGCAACUGUACAUGCAGGAGCUCACUAAGCAAAGGGAGAUGCUCUACUCUGUCGAAAUGGAACGAGAACGGAGACGCCAACACAUGAUGCUGAUGAAGUCCUUGGAGGCCAGGCGGCGACAUGAAGAUCGGGAGAAGAGGCGCCUCGAGCAAAAGGCGGAGAAGCAAGCCAGCAGGGAGCGCAGGGAAGAACAGAGGCGCGCAGAGCUUGACCUCCUUCGAGAGCUACGAAAGCCCGUGGAAGACAUGACCUUGUUUGCUACACCAGAACACAAGGAUCUCCCUGCUUUAAGCCGCAUCACUGGUCUGAAACUGGCUGGAGAAGCUUUCGCAGACACACUCAUGGUGUUUGAGUUCUUGCACAAUUUUGGGGAAACCCUUGGUUUUGACAUGGAAAGCCUGCCCAGUUUGAACAGUCUCCAAAUGGCUCUUUUGAACGACGAAGAAGCUGAGGAAGAGCUGCUCUCUGUGAUGACUCACUUGUUAGUCUGUGCAAUAGAGGAUCCAGGAAUACCAAAUCCUGCCAGGCACACUACUCUUUUGGGCCAGUCUCUGAGACAAGCAGACAUAACCCAUACCAACUUGUCAGAAAUUCUACGAAUCUACCUCUACGCAAACGCAACUGGAGAAGUGAAAGCUCUCCAUGGUGUAACUUUUGAAAGGGAAAGAGAAAAGAAGGAACCAAACCGCAACCAGGCAUUUUUGGAAAAGAUGAAAGAAAACCCGACAUGUAUUAUGUCCGAGUGGCUGCGCACAACACCAUUCCUAGCACUCAGUCCCACACGCAAAGCAGCCAUACUUGCAUUUAUUUGCAAUGAACUCUUGCAAAACAAGGCUGUGUGUCGGCAGAUUGACUCGUCCAUAGAAAAUGUUGCCCAGCUCAGAAAGGACAGAUGGGCCAUCGAUGGCAGAAUGAGAAAGCUCAGAAUUUUGCACAGUCGUAAGUCUCGGAUGGAGCAGAUUGCCGCAGUUACAAAACAACAUGAAAACUCUCUGAUGACACCUGAAAAAGAAGGCAUGGAUGGGGGUGAAAGCAAAGAUGGGUCCAAAGAUUUGGAUAAAAGUGAUUUGGAAAAGAAGACGGACAUUGAUGACGACGAUGAUGAUGAAAGCGGCAACGAAAGCGAGGGAACGACAGCUGAAGUUGAAGUUCCAGAAGAGGAUGAGGACAAGAAAAUGACUGCUGAGGAGCUGCAAAAGAAGCUGGAAAAGGUUUCAAAGCAGAGUGAGCAGUGGAUGCAAGAUCUUAGCAGCGCGGCCCAGCAGUUGCGAGCCAUUUGCUUUGGGCAAGAUCGAUACUGGCGUCGUUAUUGGUCACUUCCUCGAGCUGGUGGUAUUUAUGUUGAAGCCAGUGAAUCAGCCGAGCCAAACAUGUUCAGCACCAUCGGAGAAGCUGAAGAGGAGGAGGAAGAAGAGCCAGAACCAGUAAGCUCUGACAAGCCUGCUGAGGAGCAAGAAGAGGCUGAGGGAGUAAAAGGCAAGGUGACAGACGAGUCUGAAAAGCAGGAGCCAAUUCACAUCAAUGGCGUCAAAGAGGAGACUAAAGACAUCGAAAUGAAAGAGGAACGAAUUGUUGACAAGUUGGAAGAGGCUGAUAUGAGUGUUUCGAUUGCCUCUUUGGAAGCAACACCCAAGAAGGAGGAACCGGAAGAGAUCGACGAUGACGACCUUGACAAUGAGGAGAAAUUCAACCCAUUGAAUCACUUGAUGAGGUGGGGUUCUCCAGGCCUGUAUAACGGAACCAAAGAUCUCAAUGGCAGUUUCAAUCUGAAACUAGACACCAGUGCAAGUUCUGCCUUCAGCGGCACAGCGUCUCCUAGCAACCAUUUGCAGGACAAGCAGUGGUUCAGCAUCAUUCCAAAGGAGGCUUGCGACGAGGACACCCUGACAAAGCCUCCCUGCCGCAAUGCAGGUGCUGGGGUUCCUCUGAACAAGGGUGGGGUUGAAAUCCGCAUUCCGUGGUUCCCUCGUCCGCAGGCAUGUGCCUCGCCCCUUCCAGCCGCCUCACCAGCACCAUCGAGCAGACCCAGUCUAUGUGACUCUCCACCACCAUUCUCUUCUGAGGAAACAGCAAUGCACAUAGAGCAACUCCGUCGACUUGAAAAAACAGUUGAAGCCGUUCCAAGGCGAAUUCCAUUAGAUAAACGACGUGGUUGGUGGCGCAUAUCUGAAUCUGAGCAGAUGCAGUCACUCAUUAGCUGUUGCCACCACAGAGGAGUCCGAGAGCGAGAGCUUAAGCGGACUGUAAGCAGAUACAUGGAGUAUGUUGCUGAAUCUGGCAGUAAACUAUGCGCUCCUGGAGACACAGCUUCCACUGAUCUCAGCACAAAUGAUGAUGAACCACAGCCUAAGCGCGCUCCUGCCCAAGACGAACCAGAUGCCUGGAGCGAAAAAGUGGCGCUCAGGGUUGACAUGCUCAUGCUGGAACAGGUAGAAGCCCUUGAAGACCGCGUCGCUAAUGCCAGCAUGCAAAUCAAAGGCUGGAAGGUGCCUCCGAGGGUGUCCACCGACAGCAGCGUCUCCUUCCGAGCAUCAUGCUUGCCUCCAGAGGAUGAGGAUGAUGAGCGGCAAGAUCCAGUUUUGAUCGCAAAGGAGCGGCUGGCUGACCUCGAAGCCGCCAUAGAGAGACGUUAUCUGAAGCCACCCCUGGGCACUAGUUCUGAGCUGUCGCUGACCAAUAUGCAAACGCCUGAUAGCAAAUCAGCACCCAGUCCCUCUUCACCCUCUGGUGAACCAGACACUCUUCCCAAGGGUCUGAUAACCUGGAGGGAUGCCAUCGUAAAAGCGAAGACAGCUGCACAGCUUGCUAUGGCCUUCUACAUGCUGGAGGCUUCAAUCGCCUGGGACAAGAGUAUCAUGAAAGCAGUGAGUGCCUCGUCUGCUAUUCUGAGUAACUGCCAGUUCUGUAGCUCUGGAGACAACGAAGACAAACUGCUUUUGUGUGAUGGGUGUGAUAAAGGCUACCACAUGUACUGCUUCAAGCCGAAGAUUGAAAACGUUCCGGAUGGAGACUGGUACUGUUUUGAAUGCCGCAACAAGGCGACUGGAGAGAGGAACUGCAUUGUAUGCGGGAAGCGCGGCGUCGGCAAAACCUUUGCUCUGUGUGACUCGUGUCCAAGGGCCUACCACUUGGAAUGCCUAAUACCCCCUGUUGCUAAAAUGCCUCGAGGAAAAUGGUUCUGCCCCAACUGCAACUCAAAGAAUCCGAAAAAGCGUGGACGCCGACCUAAAAUGAGUGAGUCCGAGGGCACCUCGGUAGUCGGAGGCGACUCUGAGGGCGCUUCCACUGUUACUCCUACCACUACCUCCACUACCGCCACCUCCUUGAGCCCUCCCUCGUCUGCCUCCGCCAAUUCCGCCUCCACUCCAGCUAAGAAGGAUCGCAACAAAAAAUUAGCCCGCGAGCUUUCGUCGUGCAAGAACUUGCUGGACGAGCUGGAGGCGCACGAUGAGGCAUGGCCCUUCCUCUUGCCGGUGAACACAAAACAGUUCCCAACGUACCGUAAAAUAAUCCGAUCACCCAUGGAUCUCAGCACAAUUAGAAAACGACUCACAGAAGGAGUAUACAAGGGGCGAGAAGAAUUCUGCGCCGACGUCCGAGUGAUCUUCAAUAACUGUGAGACGUUCAACGAAGACGAUUCGCCAGUGGGCAAAGCUGGACACAGCAUGCGCUCGUUCUUUGAGGCUCGCUGGAAUGAAUUAUGCGCUGGCAACCUACUCUGAGGAAAGCGACCCCGAGUGUCAAGUGAUGACUCGGGGCAGUGAUAAAGGAGCACUUGUUGAGAACCGAUCGGUCUUGCCUUUUGCCACACAGAGUGCUCUCGUUUUUAAACUGCUUCUUGUUACUUUCCCCUGCUGCCGCUCCUGGUACAUUAUUGCAUUAAUAGUAUUUUGAACUCGUAAAAAGUGUUUUUGCACUUCAUUUCCGUAAAUUCCACCCGUACUUGUUUUCGCAUCAUGGACAGAAUAAUGUUAAAAAUAAUUAAAAUAGUGUUGUACUAUGGCUGUAAUCUGAAUUCUUAGAUGGACAGUGUGGGGAAAGUGAAAACUUUUGUUUAAUCGGAAGGAAACAGUGGAAAGAGUGCACUGUCAAAAGUAUUUUUCAAAAGGAGAAAAUUGGCAGCUCUGCACUUUUAGAGUGAAUAUAAAACGCGCAAUGUCUCGAUGAAAAGCAAAAUCAAGUGCGUUAUUAACAUAAAAACAAAUUCCCUGUUGGUUAAUCAAAACUUGAUAAUUUAGACGCACAUUAUUUUGCUCCUCGACUUCGUUGCUGCGCUUGAUUGUAAAAUAAAUAAACUUGGGAGGUCCAGUUGCCAGACAAAUUUUGCUUUCAUUUAAAUAAAAGCAUGGAAAUUCUCUCUUUCAAGUGUGACAGCAGAUGUGUGAUAGGAAUUUAUGAACAAUAUAAUGUACAUGAACAGAUUAACUUUUGAGGCGCCGAGCAAUCUGCGCUUUAUUCUCUCUACAUGUCUUUUACACCUUCAGUGGGCGAGUGUAUUUUUGUAUUUUUUCUUGUCCUCUAUUGUGUUUUAAUAGACACGCCUGUAUUAGACACAAGUUCUUAAUUAAUAUCAUUUUAAUAACUCUGCGCGCAAGAGUGACGUAAGUGCAGUUUUUAUAUAUUUGAGCCUUUAGUCAUUCUUCAAUUUUUUGGUGGGAACGAUCGUAUGUGGAAUUAUGCAAUUGCGAGGAUUAUUUGUAAUUUAUUACUAUUAUUUUUUUAAAGGAUUUAUGUGCACCAUUAAAUAAAGAAAAAUAAUUGUAGUUGAUGAUUAUUUAUUAAACUAGAACAAAAUUUACCACA